CACCAUGCAAAUGGAAACAAAUCGUCAACCAUGGUUCCCAGUGUCUAUAAGAACCUGGUUCCUAAGCCUGUGCCACCUCCAUCCAAGCCCAGUGCGUGGAAAGCUAACAGAAUGGAACACAAAUCAGGAUCCCUUUCCUCUAGCCGGGAGUCUGCUUUUACCAGUCCAAUCUCUGUUACCAAACCAGUAGUACUGGCUGGUGGUAUAGUUCUAAGCUCUCCCAAAGAGAGCCCCGCCAGCACCACUCCUCCAAUUGAGAUCAGCUCCUCUCGCCUGACCAAGUUGACCCGCCGAACUACUGACAGGAAGAGCGAGUUCCUGAAGACACUGAAAGAUGACCGAAACGGAGACUUCUCAGAGAACAGAGACUGUGAGAAGCUAGAGGAUUCAGAGGACAACAGCACACCUGAACCAAAGGAAAAUGGAGAGGAAGGCUGUCAUCAGAAUGGUCUUGCUCUCCCCGUAGAAGAUGAAGGGGAGGUCCUCUCUCACUCUUUGGAAGCAGAGCACAGGUUACUGAAAGCAAUGGGAUGGCAGGAGUAUCCUGAAAAUGAUGAGAAUUGCCUUCCCCUCACAGAGGAUGAGCUCAAAGAGUUCCACAUGAAGACAGAGCAGCUGAGAAGAAAUGGCUUUGGGAAGAAUGGCUUCUUGCAGAGCCGAAGUUCCAGCCUGUUCUCCCCUUGGAGAAGCACUUGUAAAGCAGAGUUUGAAGACUCAGACACAGAAACAAGUAGCAGUGAAACAUCUGAUGACGAUGCCUGGAAGUAGGCGUAUAAAUGCUUACAGUUAAAUCUGACCCAGUAAACUAGCUUGUGUGUUUAGGGGUUAUACAGAAGAAAUCGUUCUUUUCCUUUUCCUUUUCUUAUGUUGUUGAAUACUUCAUGCACAAGGGAAAUAAUCAUAUCCCAAAGAGAGAGCGAGCGAUUGGCUUGUUUAGCUUUUGCUGUUGUUCUUCCCUGUUAUCUGCUUAAUAGAACUUUGUGUGGUGGGAAAGAUUUUAAAAACACACACACGUACACACAGUAUAUAUGGGGCGAUGCACAGGUGGGAGCUGGCAGUGCAGAGAGGAGACACUGGUCUGCAGCAACAGCUUCUACUACCAGCCCUUGGGGCACUCACCCCUGUGCUCAAGCAAUCAUUGUCAAUGACAAAGUGACGAUUGAAGUUAUAAUUGUAUUAAAUUAAUGCUAAUAAUUUGGAUAUUUUAUUUUAUUUCUGGCUGCUCGGGUAACGUUAGCCCUUAACCAAGCAUAUGUGGUUUUUUCCCUUUUUUUUCCUUUCUGGGUACAGCUGUAAAAUAUUUGGAUAUAGGAAAUGUUGUGUUAUUCUUGCAGCCUUGAUAUUCAGGGUGGAUUGUAAAAUAUACAUUUUUGUGAGAUUUCAAAGAUUAAGAUUAUUUUGAUAACAUUAUUUACAGAUUUAAAAGAUGUGGUUAUCACAAGUCUGUUAAGGGGGAAAACUA